AUGUCAGAUUCAUUAAUUACACCUCCCGAUUCAAAUACUUCAAUGAUAACUAAAUUACCUUCUAAGAAAAGAAUUAGAAGAUUACCACCUGAAAAGAGACAAAAAGUAUCUACUGCUUGUGAUACUUGCAAAAAACGUAAAUUUAAAUGUUCAGGAUCAAAUCCUUGUGAUUUGUGUAACAAGAAGGGUUUACAGUGUUCUUACACAAUUAUAGAUAAACGUUCUUUGAAGAAAGUAAGACUAGAGAAAGAACGUAGGGAAAAAGAGCGUAGGGAAAAAGAAAAGAAAGAAGAAGAAGAAGAAGAAGGAGAAAGACAAAAGUUGCAACAAGAAUUGGAACAAAGAGAUCAACAACAACAACAACAACAACAACAACCUUUACCCGGUCAGUUGUAUCAUCAACAGUCAUCAAAUUAUCCACAACCACAACAACAAGUUGCUCAACCACCACAAGCUGCUCAACCACCACCUCAUGAUUGUAAUCCAAAUUAUCAACAGCAUUUUCAACAACCUCCAUUACCAUAUAUAAAUUAUCGACAACUUCCACAACAUCAACAACCUUCUUAUCAUCAACUACCACAUCUUUCAUCACAACCACAACCGUUACAACCAUCACCAAAUUAUCAAUCUCCUCAUCAAGUAAACGCGAAUGGUCUCAAAAUGGAAAAUGGUGUAAUAACGCCAGAGAUGACUCCUACUUCAUCUUCAAAUAAUCAAAAUAAUAGUCAUUAUAUACCGAAAUCAUUACAACCAUUACUAUCUCUACCUUUAGGUACUAAAUCUUCACACAAAGGUUCAAUGCGACCGGAAGGUAUCGAAGAAGAUAUAAAAGAAGAAGAAGGAGAUAUUUCGGAAGAAGGAGAAGAAGGAAGAACUGGUGUUUCUAAUCAAAGUGGUAAAAGCUCAAUCUUAUUAGUGGAUAAGUCUGGUACUUUUAGAUACAUGGGAGAAACAAGUCCAAUGUCAUUAUUAUACGAAGCAAGAAAUAUAUUUUAUCAAUACGUUGGUAAAUGUAAAUUAACAGAAGAUUUAAGAGGUUGUCCAGUUAUUGAUAGACCGUUAAAAUUAAAAGGAAAACAAUUGAAACCAUUACCAGACGAUGAAAGAGUUAGAGAUUUAUAUAUAUCCACAUUUAAGAAAAAUAUUAAUGAUGCCUUUUUAGUAUUUGAUAUGAAUCAGUUUUAUAAAGAUGUUGUUGAAGUUGUAUAUGAAGAUCCAAGCGAUGAGGAGAGCAAAGAAAAGUUGAUACUACUUUAUUUUGUAUUAGCUAUUGGCUCGACUUAUCACGAUUUUGAAAAUAAAAUACCUGAUGCUAAAUUAGGUUCUGAGUAUUUUGAUUCUGGUUUAAUUUUAUCAAGAGAAUGUAUUAAAGAUAGUACAAUGUGGUGUGUUCAAAGUCAUUAUUUACAAUUUCAUUAUUAUCAAGCAAUUUUAAAGAAAUCAACAGCAUGGAUACAUUUGAAUUUAGCAAUUAAAUAUGCUCAAUCCUUGGGUUUACAUCGUAAUUUUGUAAAUGAAGAAUUUUCACAAUUUGCAAUUGAAAGUGAUUAUAGAAAACGAUUAUUUAGAAGUUUAUAUUCAUCAGAUAGAAUCAGUUCAGUAUUUAUUGGUAGACCAUUAACUAUAAAUGAUUAUGAUUGGGAUGAUCCAACAAGAUUUAAAUCUUCAAAUUUAUUAGUAUCAAAUUUAGAUUUCAAUUCAAAAUGUCAAAUUGAAUUAGCAAAAAUUUCAACAAUGAUUGGGAAAAUAGUGGCAAAUUUUUAUCAAAACAAAAUUAUAGACUUGAAUAGGACAAAGAAAUUAGCCAUUGAAUUAAAAUUAUGGUCUAAAAAUCUUGAUCCACUUUUAGCUAUCGAUAAUAUAUUGAAACCAAAUGAAAUACCCAAUAAUGAAAAUCAAGGAAAUAGUUUUAUUUUACUAAUGACUCAUUUAUUACAUUUAUAUGCUAUAAUGUUGAUUAGUCGUCCAUUUUUCAUGUAUGAAGCUGUUGGUGCUUUGAAUGCAGAUUAUAAAGAUCAAAUACAGAAUAAAGAAUUAAGUAGACAAUUUUGUCAAGCGGCUACAAAAGCCUCAAUAUUGGCUAUAAAAUUAAUGAAUCAUUAUAUAAAUACAGCUUUUAAGAAUUGUAAAAGAAUGGAAUGCUAUAUCAUCAUAACUUGUUGUUUUUAUUCUUCAAUCAUAAUUGGUAUCAGUAUAUUGAAUAGUAAUUUAGAAGAAGAUGGAUAUUCAGAGAAUGAAUUGAUCGAAUUAUUGAAUAAUUCAACUUAUAUUCUUCAAAAUUUUUCAACUUGUAAUAAAGGAGCAGAAAGAUACGCAGAAAUAAAUAUUGAUUUAAUUGAUGCUGUAAUUAACAGACACAAGAAAAAGUCAGAAUCAGAUAUGCAACCUAAUAAUUAUGAUGAUUUUGAAAAAGUCUUGAAUGAUUUUAAUUUUUUAAAUGAUCCAAAUAAUAACUUACAAUGUUUGAUUGAAUUUCAACAAUUUUUUGUAUCUCAUGAAGCUGUACGUACUACUGGAUCUUCAUCAUUGCCUUAUGAUUAUGGGAAUUAUGAUUUAUUUUUUGGUGAUAAAUUGUAA